UUUGCAGCACAUGGAAAAGCAUACUGUGGAAGAUCGAUGGACCAGCAAGGACAACCCAAGAAAGCAGCUGAUAUACUAGAUUUAUCGGUUCUGCCAUUAGGGGAGGACUCGGAUUUGAAUUAUCAUAGCGGUGCAUGGUAUGGCUCAGUGGUACAGAUUGAUUUUAAGGAAACCCAUAAUUCAAGGAGUAAUAAUACCCUGAACAAGCAAUCCCUGAGGGCUGGCAUGUCAGAAAGGGAGCUGAAGAUCCGUAACGAGCUAGAGAUUGAUAUAGAAAGGGCUUUGGAGGAAGAGAUUAAAGAUGGAAUAUACCAUCAUGCUCUCAGGUUGCACCGACUUUAUCAGCAGCAAAAGGAAAGGAAUGCAAAAAAGGUAGUACCUGGAUUUGAGACACAGAGACAGAGUCAGCAAAGAAACAAUAACACAACACUUCUGGAAGUGAACAUAAGCAUAAGAAUGGAAGGAGGAACCAAAAUUGAGAUAAAAGAGACCAAGAAAGAAGCUGAUCAUGAGAAGGGCCCCCCCCGGCCUCGGAUUUCUAGAUCAGAAAAAAUGCAGCCACCGCCGGUUCCCACUACCAAGAACUUCGAUUGGGUCAAGACUCUCCGAUCCAAUGCCGGUCCGGCGGUCAGCUUACAUCAGGCUAAAACACUAAGCAAUAACCAUUGCCGCUAUUCGAAUCUCAACCUAAACAAUCCAGGGAGAAAUAUUGGGCAGCCCAAGGCCAAGGCAGAUGUUGGUAACAAAGUACUUAAACUGGGAUGGAAAAAUUAAGAUCAAUCACUUCGGUUAUCAGGCAUGAAAAUAAAUGAAUAACAAUACUAAUAAAUUAAUAAUGUUAUGUUUGA